GAGUGCGUCGAGAAUCUUCCCGAGCCGUCCAUUCACCCACCCUCGAUCUCGACUUCGCUCUUCCAUUACAAGAAGCAAGCUGACUCCUCGAAGCUUGUAGAUCACGGCUUAGAGAGAGAGAGAGAGAGAGAGAGAGAUGUAUGUUACAAGGCCACUGUCUACCUUCAAGAACGCCGCCGGCGCUGUUCAUCAGCCACCGCUGGAAGGGCCAGGCUCAGGCUAUCUACUCCUCCAGGACGAAGAGCUUCAGCCUGCGUCGACAUGCUGCUGGGGAGCAUGCAAGUGCGAUCCUGACCGCAUCCAGCAGCUUCCCUUCCCCCAGAACAAGAUUCUCACCCUCUCUUACUCCGAGCAGCGUGGCGAGACGACUGACACAUACAGCACCGCCGCCCUCUUCAUCCCUGUCCCCAACCAGCCCCUGUCCACCAAUCGGUACUACGUAAUCACCGCCAAGGGGAAACAUAAAGGGAAGGCAUAUACAUGCUCGAAAGAGGAGGACAUGACAUCAUGCUGCGUUUGUCAGUGCAUCAACGACGUAAAGCCCCAAGAGUUCGACCACAGAGACGUCUACCAACAAAUGGAAAUCGUGUGCUGCAAGGGACGUUUCACGGCCAGGCCUGUUGCCUCAGAUGCGAUUCCUCCUUCCAUCCUGAGGAAAGAAUACUGGAGGCUUCAUCAGGUUGAGCACGAGGAGUACGCCUUAGGGGUGGCCGCGGGGCUCGACGAAGCCCUCCGCUCACGCCUGCCGGAGCUGCACGCUGCAGGUGUGGUGGUGGGAAGAUGGUACACGCCAUUCGUGUUCGUGAAGGAAGAAAUGGACCUGCGCGACCAGGUGAAGCACUCUGCGUUCUACGAGGUCACUCUGGAGCAGUUCUGGGAAGAGGUGUAUGCAUGCGAGAAUCGGCAUGGCGCAGAGAAGGUGGCGGAGGUGAAGGCUGUGGUUAGAGGAGAGGCUGCUUUCUUGGAUGGGAAGGAGGCGAAGCGGUACGACACACAUGAUGUCGAUGGAUUGGUGUGGUUUAAGCCUUUGGAUUCAGGGGGGGGCGCCGUGAAGCUGAGCUUUCCGGUGUGGGAGAGGAUGAAGUGGGAGCAGAGCAGGUGGGGGUGGACUGGGGACGAAGAGCAGAAGGUGGAGAAAAUGGUGGAGUAUGGAGGAGAGGGCGGGUGGAAGAGCCUUCGUUGCUAUGUGUUGGUGGAGCGGUUUGCCGUGAGGAGGAUGGAUGGGAGCUUGGUUUUGAUGGUCGACUUCAGACACAGUAGUCACAAGGUUAAGUGCAUAUGGGAAUAAGCACACUGCAUUUGUUCUUCUUCUUCUUCUUCUUCUUAUUGUUGGUAUUGUCAUUCCAUUCUUGUGUGGAUCGAGUCGUUUGCAGAUGUGUUUUCUACAGUUCAUUUGGGAUCUGCUCAGUGUAAAGUCACGUAAUGGUUCAGUCUCGUUUGUGUUGUGAAAGAGCCUUUAUGAGUUACGUAUGCUUUUAAUUAGUGUUA